AUGGUGACCAUGGAAACCCCAGAGGCUCCAGUUCCUCUGACGGCGUUGUCGCGCUGGUACCUCUACGCCAUCCACGGCUACUUCUGUGAGGUGAUGUUCACCGCGGCCUGGGAGUUUGUGGUCAACUGCAACUGGAAGUUCCCCGGCGUGACCAGCGUGUGGGCGCUCUUCAUCUACGGCACCUGCAUCCUCAUCGUGGAGCGGAUGUACCUGAAGCUGCGCGGCCGCUGCCCCGUGCUGCUGCGCUGCAUCAUCUACACGCUAUGGACAUACCUGUGGGAGUUUGGCACGGGGCUGCUGCUGCGCCAGUUCAACGCCUGCCCCUGGGACUACUCCGAGUUCCGCUACAACUUCAUGGGACUGAUCACGGCCGAGUACGCUGUGCCCUGGUUCUGCGCUUCCUUCAUCGUGGAGCGCUUGGUCAUCCGCAAAACGCUGCGGCUGCGCUUCCACGAGGGUCCCGAGGACGGCUGGUCAAACCACCGGUCAGAUGCUGGGGGCGGAGGAGGGUCCGCAGGAACUUUGGGGGGUGGGAGGAGACGAGAGAGGAGCAGAGGGACGGGAAAUAAUGCUAACGGCUACCUUAAAGGGGAAUGAGUCAGGACACAAUCUGAAACCAGCCCAAUCACUCUGCUACACCUCUUCGACCCUCCUCAGCCAUCUUUCAUAAGCAGUCCUCCCACUUAACUGUAUGGGGAGAGGACAGACAGCUACGUAGACUGGGCUGGUGUGCAGAGGUGUAAAGAGUAUCAGAACAGCCAGAAAACGAACACCUAAAUGGGCCUUCAAAUGCCCAAAUCACUCACUGUGUCCUCUACUGUUAACACAGGGGCGCAGUAACUCCAUGCUGCUGUGUUUGCUGCAUUUCAUAACGCACCCACCCAUUUCCAUGUGGGGUUGACCUUAAGGAAAUCAGGGUCUUAAAUGACCAGGAUUACACUUUCUCAAUCUCUCCUGUCCCACAGGACAAGAACUUGGGAUAAAAUAAAAAAAAUAAAAAAAUAAAAAACUACUAUUGCAAAGAUUAGCGUUAUUGUCCUGUGACGGGACUAAUUCAAGAACAAGAACAGUAUUUGUUUGUCAAGGGCACAUCAGUCUAUAUGAAAGCAGAAUGCUUGCUGCGUAGAAAUCACGAUUAAAAAGUAGCUGCAUUAGUGAAAUGUCCUUUUUAAAAUGUACAUAUUGUCCUUUAGUAUUAUUCAAAGUACUGUAGUAAUGUAGCUACAAAAGGAGCAUACUGUCCACCCAGAAGCAAUGCGCCGUGUGUCAGCUUACGUCAUCAAGAAUGUUUUCUGCAUUUAGUGAAUACCCACAAUGCCUGAAAAAAAUGCAUGGAAAAAAAUUUGUCUUCCAAUAUAAUCGACAUUUUUACAGAGCUCAUUCGGCAGCCAUAACGUAUGUCUCUUGAAUCGGCCUGCUGCUUGUGUGUAGAGAAGCUCAGGAGGUCGAGCCGGUCCGCCAGUUAUCAGGGUCGAUUGGUUUUCCUCCUUCUGACAAGCAUGUCGAAGUGUCCUUGAGCAAGACAUCGAAACCCCAAAAACUGCUCCCGGUUGAGCAGGUCAUGGCCUUGCAUGGCAGCUUCUCCGCCAUCGGUGCGCGAAUGGAUUGUAUGCGUGUGUGUUUGUGCGCAGGCUAAUGUGAGAGCUCGAAAUAAAUCCAGUCCAUUUGCCAUAAUAGCAGGGACGCCUUUCUGUUGAUGGUCAUGAUCAUGAGUCAUGACCAUCAGC